UAACAGUUAAUUUAAAUGAGGCAGCUGACACUUUUAGUCGUACUCUGUUUUACUCAGAUAACGGUAAUGGAUAAAAGCUUUUUAUUAAAAACGAGACUCUUAUCUUGUCUCUAAGUUCCUCACUCGCUCUUCCGGAGUUUCGCUGUCUGAUAUUUCAAAUUAAACACCGCGCGACAGACACGAAUAUUCAUCAUAUAAACAAGAAUAUACCGACCCUCUGUAUAGUUAUACAAACGGGUUUAAACGGAUACACAAAUGCUUAUAUUAUGAUUUGGCGGACAGAUGAUGUUGAUGUCAGUUACUCGUCGUUUAAUACACAUGUGGUGGUUUGUGAGUGAUCAUCAUGGCUUCACUGGUGGAUUAUGAGGAUUCUGACAGUGAUCCGGAUCAAGAACGUCUGUCUGCUGCUCCUCAGCCUCAUCUGGAGCUUUAUAAUGAUGAAGCCCUCACCAUGAGCUCCUCAUCAUCAUCUUCAUCAUCAGCAGCAGCUCAGAGCUCAUCCGGCUGCAUGAAGAGAGCGCAGCUGCAGCCGGCCGCAGUCAGGCCGUAUAUUCCUAAAAGACAGCGCAUGUCCACUGCAGCGGUCCAGACACCGGAGACACAGGACACACGUCCAUCCGCUGGAGCUCAUCUGCUGUCCGAGGUGUCGGAGAGAGUCCGGCCGUUCCUGGGACGUAAGCACGGACGGGCCGAGCUGCCCCGACGACUGCAGUGUUGCGUUCAGGCCCAUCAGGGUCCAGUGAACACCCUGCAGUGGAGUCCAGUGGAUCAUCUCAGUCAUCUGCUGCUCUCUGCGUCCAUGGACAAGACCUGCAAGGUGUGGGACGGUGUUGGCGGUGGGCGGUGCUUACAGACUUACUCCGCCCACCGCGGCGCGGUGCGUGAUGCGUGUUGGCUGGCGUGCGGGCGACGCCUCCUCUCAGGCUCGUUUGACGGAACGGCGGCGCUCACUGACGUGGAGACGGGUCAGACCAUCGCUCAGAUGGAGAACGGCUUUAAGGUGACCUGCGUCGCCCCGCGACCUUCCGACCCCGACGUGUUCCUGAGUGGCGGCUUCAGUUCAGAGGUCAAAGCCUGGGACGCCCGCUGCCGUAAGGUGCUGCACGUGUAUAAAGCUGCAGUUCAGCAGACGCUGGACGUCUUGUUUCUGAGCGGCGGCCGAGAGUUCGUGAGCAGCACCGACGCCGUCAGUCGAGACUCGGCCGAGCGAACGCUUAUCGCCUGGGACUUUGAGACGACCGCCAAACUCUCCAACCAGAUAUUCCACGAGCGCUACACCUGUCCGAGUCUGAGCGCUCACCCGCUGGACGACAGCUUCAUCGCUCAGACCAACGGCGGCUACAUCGCCCUGUUCUCCUCCCAGCGGCCGUACCGCAUGAACAAGAGACGCAGAUACGAGGGACACAAGGUGGAGGGUUUCGCGGUGCAUUGUGGGUUCUCCGCAGACGGAAGCGUACUGGUCUCUGGUAGUUCUACAGGUUCUGUGCACUUCUACGACUAUCAGAGCUCACGGAGCCUGAAGACGCUGGACGCUCAUGAACACGCGUGUGUGUGCGCCGCGAUCCAUCCCGUGAUCUCCGCCGUCACAGCCACCUGUGAUUGGACGGGAGAGAUCAAGAUAUGGACCUGAUCCUUCAUCUGCCAAAGAGCUUUAUAAUUAUGUGACAUGAAUCAUUUCCUUUUAAUGCUUUUAGUGUUUCAAUAUGAAGAUUUGAAAAACAUGACGUUAAACAGCAGAAUCCACUGAAUGAAAAAUACUUUUGUUAAUCUUAGUUAAUCUCUAAUUUACUCAUCAAUUCACACUAAGAAACGACAUUAAAACAAGUCCAUCAUUAAAGUUUAUUUAGUAAAGAAAAAUGCAGCAGAUAUAUGGAAACAUGCGUCAAGAAACAGUUUUCUAUGAAAAUGAAUUUCAUGUCAAUUCCUUUUUUAUCUUGUAGAUAAAAACAGUGUUUGUUUGAAGAGCUUCAGCAUCGCACCUGAAUAAUGUCGUAUGAUCUGCUGCAUGAUCCUGAAGAUGAAAUAUGAACACAUAUUUACAGUUAAACCAUUUUCAAACACAGGAGCUGCUUUAGUAAACAAAAAAUGGUAAAGAUAUAUAUUUAUUGUAUAAGAACAAUUUGGUGAUUAAUUUAAUUGUGUAUGGAAAGUACCAUAUACACAAACAGAAAUGGGCAAAAAGUAAACCUAAGAAAUGCAAGAAAUAAAAAAAGCAAAUGAAAGUAUAAAAUAC